ACAGAUAAAUCUGUUUUUCGGAGAAUUUAUAUUAUCGCAUUUGGAAUUAUUUUAACGUUAAAAUUAUCAAUAUACGUAUAUUCUUACUUUACAUCGAAUAAGAAUUAGUAUUGUUGGCGAUUGGUGCAAAAAGUACGAAGGCUAGCCGAGAUUUUUCCUUCGGUAACGUGAGAUAAAUUUUGCACUGUGUCUGGGUAUAUAAGCAACCAAAAGGCCUUCGGUUUCUUUCAGUUCCUCGUUAAAUCGUGAAAUGAGAAUACCGAUAAUUUAAAUACAUUCUAAAUAAGUUUUUCUGUUGCCUUAUGAUAUUACAAUUCAUGGUAACUCAACAAUCAUUUGUAAAACAUUAGUGCGCGUAAGAAGCUGCGCUUCGGUGAAAAUCCCAGCUUCCACCACUAAGAAUUUUGUGAAUUUAAAGAGGAUAUUUGAAAAAUAAUUCGAAUUAAUUAAUUUUUUGGGCAUUCAAGUACAUAAUUUACAAUGGCUCUCGAUGCAAUAGACAAAAAACAAUGGCAUUCAAAAGGCGGACAAUUAAAUAAAUUUGUUAAAAAACGUAUACCUAUUACGGCAUGGUUACCAAAUUAUAAUUCCGACAAAUUUUUGAACGAUGCUAUCGCUGGCAUUACCGUCGGGCUCACUGUUAUGCCACAAGGUCUUGCUUAUGCCACUUUAGCCGGCUUAGAACCUCAGUAUGGUCUUUAUUCUGCAUUUAUGGGAGCUAUGGUAUAUAUAGUAUUUGGUUCAUGCAAGGAUAUCACAAUUGGACCUACUGCUCUUAUGGCAUUAAUGACUCAUGAAUAUGUCCAAGGUAGAAAUGCGGAUUUUGCAGUAUUGUUAGCCUUUUUGUGUGGUUGCUUACAAAUAUUGAUGGCUUUCUUACGGCUAGGAGUACUUAUAGAUUUUAUAUCAAUACCAGUCACAGUUGGUUUUACUUCUGCAACAUCUGUUAUAAUUGUUGUUUCUCAGCUAAAGGGACUUUUGGGAUUAAAAAUCUCCUCUCAAGGGUUUUUAGAUACUUUAACAAAAGUGUUACAACACAUUCAUCAGAUUAGUUGGUGGGAUACUGGGAUGAGUUUCUCUUGUAUUACUAUUCUGUUAUUAUUUAGGAAAAUGAAAGACAUCAAGUUAUGUUCAAAUAACGAAAAACCAACUAAAUAUCAAAGGAUACUGAUGAAAAUUAUAUGGUUAUUAUCAACAGCUAGAAAUGCUGUCAUUGUUAUAAUCUGUUCUACCAUUGCUUACAAAUUAAAUUCUACUGAAUAUGGUUCUCCAUUCAUCCUUACUGGUCCUGUAAGAUCUGGUCUUCCAUCUUUUGGAUUGCCUCCUUUUUCUACACAAGUAAAAAAUGAGACUUUAAGUUUCACUGAAAUGUGUUCAGAAUUGGGUGCAUCUAUAGCAUUAGUACCUAUAAUUGGUGUCCUUGGGAAUGUAGCAAUAGCAAAGGCUUUUGCAAAUGGUGGUAAAGUAGAUGCCACUCAAGAGCUAAUUACUUUAGGAAUUUGUAAUGUUCUUGGAUCUUGCGCAAGUGCAAUGCCGGUUACUGGGUCCUUCAGUAGAUCUGCAGUGAAUCAUGCUAGUGGUGUAAAAACACCAAUGGGUGGUUUAUACACUGGAAUAUUAAUAUUGCUAGCUCUCAGCCUACUUACUCCUUAUUUCUACUUUAUACCGAAGGCUUCCUUAUCGGCAGUUAUUAUAUGUGCAGUAAUAUAUAUGAUUGAAUAUCAAGUCGUAAAGCUCAUAUGGAGAAGUAGCAAAAAAGAUCUGAUUCCAAUGUUUGUUACCUUCUUGUUCUGCUUAAUUAUUGGUGUCGAGUAUGGAAUCUUAUUAGGUGUGGGGACAAAUCUUAUGUUCUUAUUGUAUCCUUCUGCACGUCCUACAAUACAUGUUGAUAAGUGUAAAACUAACUCUGGGGCCGACUAUCUCUUAGUUACACCAGGGAAUAGUCUUUAUUUUCCAGCUGUAGACUUCAUUAAAAAGUCAGUCGGCAAUGCCGGUAUAAAGCAAGGUUCUUGUCAAGUUCCGGUUGUAGUUGAUUGCAGAUAUAUAUUAGGAGCUGAUUUUACUGCUGCGAAAGGAAUAGCAACAUUGAUAAAUGAAUUUAACAAUCGAAAACAAGGUCUAUAUUUUUACAAUCCACGAUCGGAUGUUACUGCUGUACUUAAAGGAGCCUGUGGAGAAGAUUUCCAAUAUAUUUCUACUCAGGAUGAAUUAUCGUACUUAUUAUCGACGCACCAAGAAAAAACAUCGCAGCAGCUGUUGGAAAUAACACGAGAUAAGUCGCACGAACCAUUAAUGUUAAGUAGUCCUGAAAUCAUUCACCGAAGUAGUCGUUCAUGCCAUGAGCUUAAUGAAGUUACAACUACAUUGUUACAUGCUACAGCUAGUUAAACAGUAAAAAAUAUUGUCAACUUUUUAAACUUUGCUUUUAACUCUUUUCAAGAAGUGAGAUUCAAAUAGAUUAAAUAAGCAUUUUACUUUUGCACUUCAUUAGAGUAGUGGCAUACACAUCGCAGGACGUUGUUGAAUAAUUUUCAGUAUUAUUAAAUUAAAUUACAGAAAAUGAAAUGUUUGACGAUUUCAGUACCAAUUAAGAUGUAAAUAUAUGUGAAUUGCUAUACAUAAA